GAUUGUAGACUAUUUUUCAUAUGAACAUUUCUACGUCAUCUACUGCAAAUUCUGGGAGUUAGAUUCUGAUCACGAUAUGUUGAUUGACGAGAAGGAACUUUUAAAACAUGGAAACCAUGGUAUGUUUAUCUCUGAAUUGCACUCUGCAAACAGAGUCGGUCGGGUUUAUCGGCGCCCGCAAUCCUCGCUAAGGACUCUUUGGAAUUUUUUACCUUUACUGCUUUAGCCUUCAAUGAUAUCAUUUAUAAUUUAUAUUAUUUAUAACACACAUACAGAGGAAUAUAUAAUAAUAAAUCAUUUAUAUUUGCAUAAAACACAUACAGAGGAAUAUAUAAUAAUAAUAAUAAUAAUAAUAAUAAUAAUAAAUAAUAAUAAUAAUUAAUUAAAAUAAUAAUAAUAAUGAUUUAUUAGCGAUUCCAAAUUGAAUUGGCUCUUCUAUCACUAAAUUAACUAAUCUAUAUUAACAAGUACUAUAUUUACAAUGAGUAGCUAUGAAGAGUUCAUACAUCUAUACAGUACAUUCACACAGUCACAGUACAUAUUUCACAAAACAGAUGUAACGAAACAUAGUCAUUUAUACCCCGGCCCGAGCCUCUCGAAUAUAUUACUGCUUUUAACGUAUUUGCAUUAAAUAAAGCCAAGUUAAGUAAUUUUUUUUCUUUGUCAUAGCAAUAUCCUCCAAGGUUGUUAACAGGAUAUUUUCUGGUUGUGUUACGAAGUAAGUUUGAUAAAUAUUAAAGCAAAAUUAUAUAUGACAAAAUUAACAGUAAUAGUAUAUAUAUGAGUAUAAUGUGAUCACUCAUUGUGAUUUCGCAUUUUGCAGAUGCCCAUCAAAUAAUGGUAAAAUGACGUACGAAGAAUUUGUUUGGUUCUUGAUAGCUGAAGAAGAUAAACGUCAACCAAGAAGGUACGGUUCAUGAUAACUUGUACGUAUAACUCGUCCACAACCCCUUACUGCUUUUCCAAAAGGAGAUGCAGAUAUUAUAUGCAUAUUUGGCGGCCUUAAUGCCCGCCUAUCAAGAAACAGGAUCACAACAUCUUUACAACCACAUGAAGCUAAUGAAUCCUGAACUGCAUACUGUAUAUUGUAUGAUCCUAUUGACCCAGAUGUGAUGAACAGCCUUUUAGUUAGUUUAAUUACCUAAACAAUCCCUUAUUUAUUUAUUCUUGUGGCUUCCAAUGCUCAAUCCUUCAACUCGGACGAGAACCAAAUCCCGAGGCAUUACAACGGCCUUAGCCAAUGAAUGAAUCCUAAUUUAUAUUUUAUAUUCCUUUAUUUUUAUUAGUAUUGAAUAUUGGUUUCGAUGUAUGGACCUUGAUGGUGAUGGUGUGAUCUCUCUAUACGAACUGGAGUAUUUUUAUGAAGAUCAAGUAGCAAAGAUGGAAGCUCUAGGAAUUGAAGCAAUGUCAUUUGAAGACUGUGCAUGUUCAGUUCUUGAUCUAGUGAAACCAAAAGUUGAUGGAAAAGUUAGUUUGGGAGAUCUCAAGAGAUGUGGACUUGCUCAUAUUUUCUUUAAUACUUUUCUCAAUUUGGAUAAAUAUGUCGAAUACGAACAGAGGGAUCCUUUCGCUUCUCUCAAGGUGUGUAUAGCAAUAGUGUACAUUACCAUUAACUUCCAUUAUUAAAAUUUAGGGUACCAACUUGCAGUUUAUUAAACACAAUUUUAAGUAAUUACCCCCGUAGAAAGAAAUGUCCCACUCUCCAAGGCAAUUUGGACAUAUAGACCAUUUGCAGAGCCCCGACGACUUUCUUUUCAAAACUGAUGAUAAUAAUAAAUCUUUAAAUAUUGCGUAAGAUUAAAUAGAAUUCAGAAGGAAUCGAAGAGUGCAGUCAAGGAAACGCUGUAAUAAUUCUAUAAAUGUGUGUGUCGUUCACAUCUAUAAUGAUUCAUUCUCAAGUUUAUGUUAUUCUCCUUUUCUUCAAGGCUGAUCCAGAUGAACGUGUGCCGUCUGACUGGGAGAACUAUUGUUUGGAAGAGUAUGGAUUGUUAAUAGCAGAGGAAGGCAGAAACGAUGAUAGGUUAGUAUUGUUCUAUUUAGAUUUGAUCAUCGAAGUAGCAAUAGAGAUACUUAAAGAGUCCUGGGGCGCUUUCCAUUUAAUGGUCUGACCGGUCAGACCCGAAUUCUUUUCUCUGCAUCAAUGGAAAAAUCUGGUCUAUGUUUCUCAAAUAUCUAGCGAAAAUGGACCUCAUUCUAAUGUUAUCUAAAUUUUCCGGUCAGAUAGGUCCGAAGCCCAAAUGUUUUGUGUUUCAUUCAACAAUUUGACCGUUCUGAACGGUCUGUCCGUGUUAAUGGAAAGCGCCCCUGGUCAACCACAAUGCAAUGCGUGCGUUUGUUUACGUUUCUGUUACGUUGUCGGCCAGAGGCAGCCAUUUUGUGUGGCCUCGAAAAUGGCAGCAACAAUUGAUAAAAGUAACGGGAAAACGUAAACAAAAGCGCUCAUUGCAUUGUGGUUGACCAGGACUCUUUAAUAAGGAGCGGUUGUGAAAAAUUCAACUUAGCUAGAUGCAGAAUCUAUUAACCAAGAGCUACAAUUCUGAUAAAACAGGUGGACUACACGUGCACAAAUCGCUCCCUCAACCCCCCCCUUUCAUGUCCCCUUUGAUGGUCAUUUCCUGAUAUAGUGGGGUAGUAAUACCGAAAUAUAUUUUUGUGAGUGUUAUUUUUCAGUUUACACACACUGUAUCGAUAUCUCAAGUUCAGACAAUGAACAGUUUAUUUCAAAUAUGUUUUAAAAUGUUUUCUAAAUCUGCCAAAGCCAAAGGAUAAAAACUAAAUAUUUUCCACAUUUGUACCAGUAAGUUCUAUACCAGGAUGGCAAAAAGAUGGUUACGCCCAGUUCAUGUCCGUUAUGUUCCACCGUAUUAAUCAUAUUCAAUCAUGUUUUCCACUUCAACCGUACCGUAACAAACUGUAUUGUACCAUAUCGUGCUUAUGUGUGAAUACCACUACGCUGAGUACCUACGAAACGUAGAAUUGUAGAAUUACGAUAUUUCUGAAAUGAAACACGCCUAACAUGGAAUCGAGUUUAGAUUUUGAACGUGUAGGCUACACCAAUUUGCUAAAUGAUAAAAAGAUGGUUAUGCGACUACGUUUUACCUAACAGCAAUUUUCCAUCUUACAGCAAAUAUGACGAUGAUUUAUUGGAUUUGUAUGAUGAUGAUGAGCUCUACAGGUGACACAAAAGAUGAUAUUUACGAAGGUGUUAGAAACAGGCAAUACAGAUGAUUUACACAAAAGUAAAAGAAAAUGUACAUAUUAGAUAACUGUGGAAACUACAUGUUACAGUGUGAGUUAUAACGGUCAGAAAUGCGUUCUUUGCAAGACGUUUCCUUGCGGCACGUGAUUACUACUACCAGAAUGCUUUGGGAGUAUUUGCUAUCUUUUCUACUAAGAUUCGAUAGCACCAUCCUGCAGUCACGAUUCAGUGAGCUGACUCUUCCGUUGUCUUUUCAUUGUUUUGAAGAUCCUACUGCUCUCCAUGCCAUCUAACGAAUCAUUGUUUUGACACAUUUGUGACGUUAUUCGCUUUUACUGAACAAAACACUGUAUGCAUGGCCGUUAAUUUUUUGCACGGUACAAUUUUCAUCUAAUGGCAUUACGAUGAAUACUAAACUUAUUGAAAUAUAUAUUUUGAGUUUUGUGCACUUUACAAAAAGGGUUAACGUUUUAACAGUUAAGACUGUAAUUUUAGUUACGUUUGUAAGUAAAUUUCAGAUAUAAAGUGGCCGUGUGUUUGAUAUAUAAUUCGCAAUCAUCUGAUUAACACAUGUUAAAAUGUGCAUGACACGAAAUUUUCUCCCAAUCACUUUUUUCCCUUCUCACUUUUCUCCCUCAUCACUUGAGUUUUUUGUUGUUGGAAGCAAAGAAUUGGACAAAUUAGCCAUUCCGAAGUUGAUGAGAGGAUUGGGGACGAGUGUUAAAAAGUGCCCAGAUUAAGAAGUGAACCAAAUCACUAAAAAGACCACCUCAAAAUUAGUAAGUAUACAAAGUUUGAAGACGUUUACAUGAAUAUCCUUCGAAUAAUAAGCUUUCCAAAAUUGUGAAAUUACUGAUUAAAAGAUUGUUUUUGGGACGCGCGUCCCAAAAACAAAAAUUACAGUACAUUUCACAGUAAAUAUCACGAUUUUCGAAAGCUUAUUAUUCGAAGGAUAUUCAUGUAAACGUCUUCAAACUUUGUAUACUUACUAAUUUUGAGGAGGUCUUUUUAGUGAUUUGGUUCAUUUCUUAAUUUGGGCACUUUUUAACACUCGUCCCCAGUCCACUCAUCAACUUAGGAAUGGCUAAUAGGACAGAGAAACUUGAAUGGUAACUAGUGUGUUUCUAUGACAACCACAUAAACGUUCCAAAAUGUUUGCUUUAGGUGCACUUACUGACUCUACCAAAUUUCAUUUAAUUUCGUUGAAUCACUUCUGAGAUAUUAGACUUUCUUCUUUUUGCUGCCAUCUUAGGCACAACUACUACUAGUGACGUGAUGUGUCAUUACAAAAUGUUCGAUAACUUGGGAACAAUGGACCAUUUGCAUUAUAGACUACAUUUUGAUCUAAACAAGUCUAGACAAAAAUUUCAUCACAGCUUGAAAGAGCAUCACAAAAUUAGUAAUAUUCCAAAGUUUCGUUGCGAAAUGGUGUAAAAUGCGGAUAAUAUAGCCUUGCGAAAUUUGCAAUUUUCAGUCAUUUUGUAUUACGAACGGGAAAUUGAUGCCCCAACACCCGAUUGGG